GCCUAGUUCAUAUGGCACAGUUCUGUAAGGACUCUAGAUGAAAACCUGAAAUAAAUAUAUAUUACCGGUAUACCAUAGACAUGCUAAAUAUUUUUAAAAUUUUUCCUAUACUACUUCCACCAUGUGUGGUUGAGUAAUAAUGGCCCAGAAACCCGCGGUUCCGUCCUGUGUUGGCCUUUGUAUGGUUAACAAAGGACCUCAAUUGGCGCCUUGGCAUUGAGUGAUACCCCAUGAUUUUGGGGGCUGGAAGUUUUUCAAACCAGCGCCAAGACAUUUGGGCAAACAUUAUUGCUAUGAGGAAACCAAGUUCAUGAGUAUUGCGACAACCCCGGAAACACCACAUCCACGUCCCCUAGGACUCAAUUGAUUAGCCAGCAACGAUGUUAUCCUCAGCGGUGGCUACACGGUCGAAAGGAGUGAAGAUGAACUUCUGUGUCUGUUCUUUCGGAGCUCCCGGGGUGUCUGGUGCUUCCCCGCUACGGAUUCCUGGUGCGGCUCGUUUCCGGGGUAAAAGCUCGCAUCCCCGGUAUAGGAGGGUAGUCCAAAAAAAUCUCCCCAGCCAGAGAUCGCCCGAUUUUAGAGUGAGUAUCGUCACUUGGGUUGGUGCAUGCAGGGCUGAUUUUUGUAGGCCCCUAGGGAUACUCCAUACGGUUGCCGGCCGGUGCCCUCUGUCGAAGGGUUGUCCCAAGCUAGAACCGCGCUACAGAAGAGAGGCGGAAAGCCUGUCGAAAAAAAGGUCGACAAACCGCUUGCGCAAGAUCCCCGAGAGAUGUACGCGCUUACAGAAGAGGUGUUGUUGAGUUUGAUGCCGCCAAUGGUCCAUUCGCCAAACUUGCUUAGCUGGUAUAGGGGGAAUCCAAUGCCUCCGAAAGAGUUGCGAACUCGGUAUCUAGCCUUCAUUAAUGAGGUUUUGAUGGGGUUUACGGUCCAAGAUUAUACGGCUACGGGCGGCUCUUUGCCGACGCCAGACAGUAUCGCGGCGGUGCAAAGCGAAGGAAGAGGAUUGGACUACUACUUUGUUAGUUCCUUUUUGCAAUAUAUCGGGCAAAAGGAUUUAGCCACGAAGGACAUUCAUAUGAUCAAUAUUAAGAAAGCUGCAGACAUGAGGUUCCCUCAGGAAUGGUAUCCAAUGACAAGGCAGUUCAAGAGAACUUGGCAUUUGCACGUUGGCCCCACCAAUUCUGGGAAGACCUAUAACGCGUUGAAGAGACUAGAGGAGGCCGCAGACGGGAUUUAUGCUGGUCCAUUGCGUUUGUUGGCCCAUGAAAUUUUCGAAAGGAUGAAUGCCAAGGGAAUCCCGUGCAAUCUUGUUACGGGAGACGACAGGCGGAUUGUCUCUGAAGCCGCCGCUAUAUCUUCAAGCACCGUUGAGAUGGUGGAUUUGAAUCGGCAAGUUGAGGUUGCUGUUCUUGACGAGAUUCAGAUGAUUGGAGACGAAGAUAGGGGGUGGGCAUGGACCCAAGCACUUCUUGGAGUACGGGCGAAGGAGGUUCACAUGUGCGGAGAAGAGCGAACGGUAGAUCUCAUCAAGAACCUUGCGGCUAGCGUGGGAGAUAAGUGUAUAGUCCAUAACUAUAAACGCUUGGGGCCGCUGGAAGUUAUGAAGAAUAGUUUUGGGGGUGAUUUGACUAAGAUUCAGAAGGGAGACUGCGUCGUUACUUUUUCAAGAAAGAGCAUCUUUGCGAUGAAGAAGGAAAUUGAAAGGGUGACGGGGUUGAGAUGCGCCGUUAUAUAUGGAAGUUUGCCUCCAGAAACAAGAAGUUUGCAAGCGAGACAUUUCAAUGAUCCCGAGAGUGGUUAUGAUGUAUUGGUGGCUUCUGAUGCUGUCGGGAUGGGGCUUAACCUGUAACCCCCCCCCCUCACUUAUUUCGGGCAAUUUUCUGAUCUACUAUAGGAGUAUUAAACGUAUGAUCUUUGAAACAACAAUCAAGUGGAAUGGCUCGGAAUAUGAAGCUAUCAGUGUUCCCCAUGCUAAACAGAUCGCCGGUCGAGCUGGGCGUUACAGGGUGGCUGUGUCCAAACACAAUAGCCGAGCCGAUGAGACCGUCGUCCCACUACCUCCCGCUCCCUCGGUAGGCCUCGUUACCACACUGGACGAGGUGGAUUACCAAUCCCUCAAAUAUGCUAUGUCAGUUACUCCAAAACCGAUUCCAACAGCUGGCAUCCUCCCAACCUCAUCUCAAAUUGAAGAGUUCGCAUCCCUAUUCCCCCCGAACAAAGAACUAUCUUUUAUCCUCAAAGAAAUGGAUGAGGCUAUGCGCACAGCAAAGCUGUUCCACAUUUGCCGAGUAGAAGAGCAAAUCAAGACUGCGAGAUUACUGGAAGGAAUACCAGGCUUGAGAAUAAUCGAAAGGUUGCAAUUUUGUAUGGCGCCUAUUGGGCGCGACCUGAAGGUCCAAGAAGCAGUGAGGAGUAUGGCAGCGUGUGUGGGUUCCAAUAAGGAUGGGAGUUUUCUAAAAAUUCCGAAUGUGGAUUUAGAAGUUCUAGAUAUCGAUAACCCGAAAACUAUGCCAGUCUUACAGCGGCUAGAGUCAUUACACAAGACUAUCCUGGCGUGGCUUUGGCUAUCGUAUGUGACGCUCAUACAGCCCCACUUUAGGUAACAGAACUGGUGUACUGAUGGAACAAAUAGCUGGCGUUUUCCUGCUACCUUCGCUCCGAGAGAUACAGUUCAGGAGCUUAAGGGCAUUUGCGAAGAGAAAAUCGAUAUCGCACUAUCGAACGUGCGUUUCGAGAGAGGGAAGAAACCGGCGUACGAGAGAAUAUCCCUCGGGGCCCCGAUGGAUGCAGAAGAAAGCGCAGAGGGGACUGAUGUAGAAGGGUCUCCAACCAGCGAUAGUGACGAAGAUGGGUUCGAAGGGACGGUUCUGCCACAUCUGGGAGAUAAUCUAGUCGAUUCAGAGAGGUUAAAUCAAGUAACCGCGUCUAAUUGAAGAUGUAACCGGAGGGUUUGGAGUAGAAAAAGUUGAGCUCAGGGAUCCUUUCAGGACAUAUCAUAGAUGGCGUAGGGAAUUGUUUUCCAACUGGAUGAGCUGCGAUUGCCCUUUGAUACACCUUUUGGGGGCUUCCUGGUAGAUCUGUAUAUUUAUGUACUCUAUUAUUGUAUUCAUCGGGUUAAAUGAAGACUCUCAAACGGUAUUCCCCUCUUUUUCCCGCCUGGUAAAGCAUUGGAAAUUUCUUUACAUAGUAUGAUAUCAUAUUAGUACGAGCGUGGCAUCACAAGUCUCGGGUAUGCCGACACCUUACAUAAAAAAAUGAGCAACUCUACAUCCGGAAAUCUCACAUUGAUUGCCCUGAUAAAAAAUUGAGGCUUGAUAAACUUCUCAGAAUCAUAUGGAAUUCGCUCCGAAAAGAAAAAAAAAUCAAGCUCUAUCAAUAGACUUUGAGAGCAACAUCUCAUAGAACAAAUCUUUAGCCAUCAGCACUUAAUCACACAAGGAUGACAAAAAAAUCACACGAUUUCUACUGAAAUAAGCCAAGCAAGUGCAGAGCGCACGAUCGUAUUUUGAUUAAUUCUAUCUUAUUUUUGGGUAGGUUAAGAGUCCUUAAAGCCUACCGGUAGUGGGUUGGGCGGAGAAUGGCAGCCUGCUCAAGGCUUUUGAUGCUAGGAUCGUAUUGUACAGUACACUUCGUAUCAUACAUUAAGGCUGUGUGAGGUUCUCCCAAACUUCCUUUUGUUAGGCGUUUCAAAUUGCUGUUUAUAAGGCGUGUAUCGCCGGACAUCUCAAGGAACUUUUGUAGCGUUAGGAAGAAAAGAAAAGAGCAGUUGUGAUAUUUGGCCUUUUUCUAAUAUCACUGAGACUAUAUGAGGCAGAGCAACAACCCAACUCAAAGUAAGAUAUAUUAAUGGGAGUAUGAUACGAAUCCUAAAAUAGAAUUUCUUAAGCCCUGCUCGCCUCUAUUUCAAACUACUUAAUGUACCGCUAAACACCUAAACCUUGUAUCAUUCUAGGUGUAUUUCUUAAGGAGGGGCUUUUCGAAACUUACUGUAGAAGUAUGGUAUGAUAUAUCAUAGAACGAGCCAUAAUCUAUGACUUGGUUGUAUCAUAGCUACAAUCACCAGCUCUCACUCACAGUUAGCCAGAUGCGGUGCCUUUCGCGGGGGAAGGGGGAGGAGUUCAUGUUCCGGUCACUAACGCAUGAGCACGAAAUUUCCCCCUGCCGUAUUCACGGUCCGAGAAAAAUGGUGGCUUGAAGCGUUCAGUUCAUCUUUCGGUUUUCCGUUCUCCGCGUUUGACUUGUGCUUCUUUCUCCGGAUGCAGCAGACCUUGAAGGUUACCCUCCCGAAUGCGGGGCCGUCGGAAUUUCCAGAAAACUUCAAAGUUCAAACCAACCUAAAUCCUUGGCGAGCCCCUCCACACGAUAUCCGUCACGUACAACAAGCCCACCCCCUACGAUCUAACAAUAUCUCUUUUCCGCUGCACCGAUAAUAAUGUCUGCUACUAGUCUCUUGAAUCCUAAAGCCGAAUCGGUUCGUCGUGGGGAAGCUCUCCGAGUGAACAUCGCCGCCGGUGAAGGUAACCUUCCACGGUAUUCCCUUGCGUGUUUUGGUUAUCAUCGCUAAUUAAUUGGGGGUGGAUAGGGUUGCAGGAUGUUUUGAAAUCGAACCUAGGUCCCUCGGGGACGCUGAAGAUGCUUGUUGAUGGGUCGGGUCAGAUUACGUUGACUAAGGAUGGGCAGAAGUUGCUUCGUGAAAUGACUAUUCAAAACCCUACAGGUAUUUUAUCUGCUCUGCGAUGGGGAUGGAUACUUGUACGAGGGCCUGGGGAUCUUGCUGAUGAGUUGCAAAUAUAGCUGUGAUGAUCGCUAGAGCAGGUGCAGAUCUUUAUCCCAUAGAUUGCUAGAGGCGUAUGUUGGAUGCUGACUCGGGUAUUUUAGCAACGGCUCUUGAUGAUAUCGCCGGUGAUGGAACUACUAGUGUAGUUCUAUAUGUCGGAGAGCUCCUAAAACAAGCAAGAAGAUAUAUCGAGGAGGGCUUACAUCCCCGUAUUAUCACUGAAGGAUUUGAGCAUGCUAAAGUUGAGGCACUUAAGGUUUGAUCCAUUCGAGUCACUAUCAUCACCAAGCAUAUCUUAACUUAUCUGGUUAUGCAUAGUUCUUGGAUGACUUUAAGAUUGCUCGUGAACCUGACCGCGAACUCCUGCUCUCGGUGGCCCGUACUUCCCUUUCUACCAAGCUUAACAAAGCCCUUGCUGAAUCCCUUACCCCCGCUAUUGUCGAUGCUGUUUUGGCGAUCCACAAUCCUCCAGCGAAACCCGAUCUGCACAUGAUAGAAAUUAUGAAGAUGCAACAUCGUACCGCCUCGGAGACGCAAUUGAUUCGUGGUCUGGCACUGGAUCACGGUGCUCGCCACCCGGAUAUGCCCAAACGUGUAGAGAAUGCUUACAUCCUUACACUGAACGUUUCUUUGGAGUACGAGAAGAGCGAAGUAAACUCUGGUUUCUUCUAUUCAUCUGCAGAGCAGAGGGAGAAGCUUGUUGAGAGCGAGAGGAGGUUUGUCGAUGAGAAGCUGAGGAAGAUUGUAGAGUUGAAGAAAGAGGUUUGCGGAAAUGACCCCAAGAAAGGGUUCGUUAUCAUUAAUCAAAAGGGAAUUGACCCUUUGAGUUUGGAUGUUCUUGUAAAGAACGGUAUCUUUGCUCUUCGACGGGCAAAGAGGAGGAACAUGGAGCGUUUACAGCUGGUCUGCGGUGGUAUAUCUCAGAACAGUGUUGAUGACUUGACUCCUGAUAUCUUGGGCUGGGCCGGGACUGUCUAUGAGCACACACUUGGCGAGGAGAAGUAUACCUUCAUUGUAUGUUCACAAAAGGUCACUACCGGCUUUGUUCUUAGAAGCUAAUCAGAUGAACAGGAGGACGUCAAGAACCCAAAAUCCGUCACUCUGCUCAUCAAGGGCCCUAACGCACACACUAUCGCUCAGGUCCAAGACGCAGUCCGUGAUGGACUGAGGAGUGUUUAUAACAUGAUUGUCGAUGGCUCAGUCGUUCCGGGGGCUGGCGCUUUCCAAGUUGCCUGUGCAGCGCAUCUAACCGGCGAAGCCACGCGAAAGUCCGUCAAGGGAAAAGCAAGAAUGGGAGUGCAGGCAUUCGCAGACGCCUUACUAGUUAUUCCAAAGACCCUUGCAGCGAACGCUGGGUUUGAUAUCAUGGACUCUUGUAUCUAUUCAUUUUGCACCGUUUCUUAAAGCCGGACGCUGAUAAUGGUCUAGUGGCGGCGCUGCAAGACGAGCAGGCAGAGGGUAACAUUGUCGGAAUCGACCUCAACAGUGGGGAGCCCAUGGAUCCUGUAUCUAGAGGUGUUUUCGACUCUUUCCGCGUUCUCCGGAAUUCGAUUGCCAGUGCGUCAAGCAUUGCUAGCAACCUUUUACUCUGCGACGAGCUGCUCAAGGCGAGACAGAUGGUAGGCUUGAUAGCACACAUUGGGUCCCUGAAGGUCUGGCUGCUGACAACGAUCAUAGGGCUCGAAAGGUGGGCCGGGUGGAGCACCGGAGGAGUAAGUGCGAUGACGGUACGAUAUCAAAAAUGUUAGACGUCGGAUGGGAAAAGGGCUUAAAGUCGAACGGAUAAAUAAAAGGCUCUUCCACGUUUGUUCGGUUUACUGUACUGUACCUUGAUCCUUCAUCCCUUCCACAUGACCUCAUUGGUGAAGCUAUGGGACGAAAUGAGUAACGUGUAGAUUUGACGUGCUUUUUCCUGAUAUCAUGCUCAUGCCUAAAGAUCCACGCCCUGCACCGC